AUGUUCAACCGACUCCCGCCUGUCAAGUUUCCAUCGUUGGGCCUCCUUGUCAAAUAUGGUGCCGACACAACCGUUACAGAGGUAGAGACCCAAUAUAUGGUAUACAAGCAUUUGAAAGGCAAAGUACCAGUUGCUGAGGUGUUUGGGUGGACCGAAGACGGUGGCCAAGUAUUUAUCUACAUGUCUUUGAUAGGGGGUGAUACCGUGGAGCAAAGAUGGGCUGCUUUGAACGGGGAGGAGAGAGAAGCUGUUUGUGGCCUAGACAAUCAACCGCUAAAUGACAUCUUUCUUUCCGGGCACCGGAACUUGGCUGGGCCAUUCCACGGUGCAGACGCCGUCCAGAGAUUCCAGAAUGGCUGCGGUAUCGAGAUCGAUGGGGACGUGUCCGUGGUCUUCACGCAUGAUGACCUUGUACCCCCCAAUAUCGUUUUAUCCUCCGGACCGAAUCCAGUAGUAGCUGCCAUCCUUGAUUGGGGCCAAGCAGGGUGGUAUCCUGCUUACUGGGAGUAUUGCAAGGUGCGUCGCGUCAGGCCGAACCCGGAAUAUUUUGAUGAAGACCUGGAUGAAGAAUGGAAUACGAAAUACCUGCCAACUAUUCUAGACCCGGUCGAUGAUGAGACAGUAUACCACCCUUGGCUGUGGGUUGUCCUGUCUAAGGGUAUCUAA